AUGGCGACUCUCGUCGGGAACAUCGAAGGCGCCCUCGCGCACCUGUCCACACUGGUAACCCGCGAUGUGAGCGACACAGGCUUGCCAGGAGGCAAGACUCUGCAGGAAUAUGAGACCCAAGGCAGGUUCAACUACGAUCCGUCGUUUGCGGCGUCUGUGAUCUUCUUGGUUCUCUUCGCCAUCGCUGCCGCCAUCAACAUCUUCCAGUUCUUCCGCCACCGAGCUUGGUUCUGGUGGGUGAUGAACUUCGCCGUACUCAUGGAACUGGUCGGUUACAUUUUUCGAACCAUCUCCAUCAAGCACCUGUUCAACAAGUCCGAUUUCAUCGUCCAGACUGUCAUGAUCCUCGUGGCGCCAGCCGUCAUGGCCGCAGCCCUCUACAUGUCCUUUGGCCGCGUCACGCUAUGGGUGGUCCCGAAAGAAUACCAGACCGUCAGGCACCUCUGGGUGCCGCCACGUCGAGUCACGCUGGUGUUUGUGGGCUUCGACGUCCUCAGUUUCUUCGUGCAGGUCGUCGGUGGCUCGAUGGUCGCCGCGGCAAGUACCAAAGACUCGGCCAACCGGGGCAGAGACGUGGUGCUGGUAGGGCUGGCACUGCAGCUGGUGACCUUUGGCUUCUUCGUCUUUGCGAGUCUCCGGCUGUACUUCAUGUUGAGGACUCAGCUUCGGGACGCGCCGUUGCCGAAAGAACGCAACUGGCGGCUUUUCCUGACCGUCGUCAACGUGGCCAACGUCAUCAUCCUGAUCCGUACGCUGUUGCGGUUCAUCGAAUACGCCAUCGGCACCUACAACUACCUCACCAACCACGAGUGGUUCUUUUACUGCUUCGACUCGGCCUUGAUGUUCCUGGUGGCCGCCCUGUUCCUCGUCUUCCACCCUGGAUACUACCUGCCCUACCUGGGUAUCAAACGGAGGGAGCAGAAGUUCUCCAAGAACGCGGACAGUGGCCCCCUCAGCGUGCUGGCUAGGGGCAAAACGAUGCACGACGCCGUUUGA